GCCAGGACCUGCUCCUAUUGCUGAAAACCCUUCAGCCUCUCUGGACAAAGAGAGAGAUGAAGAAGCUCAAGGAAGAAAUCAGGCGGGGCUUUGCAGGCCUGGAGGACCCCUUGGCAGGACUCCUGGACAUGCUGGAGAGCAGCAGCGAUUGGAAGGCGAAAGGGCAUUCCCUCGUGUAUUACAUCACCACCGAGCUGCAGCUUUGGAUCAAAGAGCAUCCUGCUGUUCAACAGUCUGGCAUCAAGCUGAAGAAGCUGCAGGCCCGUGUACUCAGAAUCCUAGCCCAGUGCCCGGCUAAUCUUCUUGACCCUCUCAUUAGCAUUUACCAGCUCCAUACAGCAGACCGGAACUAUUUGCUUGAACAUGUCAGUCAUCUUUAUCACAAGGGUGAUUACAAAGAG